CUCCUCUUCGUUUGCUACUGUUCCCCGUUCCCUUCUUCCCUCUCUCUGCAACUGCAAAGGAUUAGCCCGAGUGUUAGAAAGGGAGCAAGAGGCAAUGGCCCAACAGGAGAGCUGUAUCAGAGUGACAAGGGCGGCCUCCAAGAAGCGGGUUGCCCAGUCGGCGGGGUUAACGGAGGAGAGAGUGGUGACCAAGAAAAGAGUUGUUUUGGGGGAGCUUUCCAACUUGUCCAACGUCGUUGUUUCGGGGAUUAAUGUUCAGAGGAAGGAAAACCAGAAGAAGCAUCAUCAAGGGAAGCUCAAGGCAAAGACGAGAGUGGUAAAGCCGGCUUUAAAGGUGAGCAAAAAAGAAUCUGAACAUGAUAAACCGGCGGAUAUUGAUGCUAAAUCUGAAGAUCCACAAAUGUGUGGCCAUUACGUGUCUGAUAUAUACGAAUAUCUUCGCCAAAUGGAGGUGGAUCCGAAGAAAAGGCCAUUACCUGAUUACAUUGAGAAUGUGCAGAAGGAUGUUAGUACAAAUAUGAGAGGGAUUUUGGUGGACUGGUUGGUGGAAGUUGCAGAGGAAUACAAGCUCCUUUCAGAUACUCUAUAUAUAGCGGUCUCCUACAUUGAUAGAUACCUAUCUUUAAAUGCCCUCAAUAGGCAAAAGCUUCAACUUCUGGGUGUAUCUUCGAUGCUGAUUGCAUCAAAGUAUGAGGAAAUCAAUCCUCCAAAUGUGGAAGACUUUUGCUAUAUAACAGACAAUACUUACAGGAAAGAAGAGGUGGUCAAAAUGGAGGCAGAUAUACUCAAGGCAUUGAAGUUUGAAUUGGGGAAUCCAACUGUUAAAACAUUUUUGAGGAGAUUUACCAGAGAUGCACAAGAGGAUUACAAAGCUUCCAGCUUGCAGCUAGAGUUCCUUGGAUGUUACCUUGCGGAGUUGAGUUUGUUGGAAUAUGGGUGUGUAAAGUUUCUACCUUCAAGGGUUGCUGCUUCUGUUUUGUUUCUUGCAAGUUUCAUAAUUCAACCUAAGAGACAUCCUUGGAGCUCCGCCAUGCAAGAGUACUCAGGCUACAAAGCCUCUGAUCUAAAAGAAUGUGUCCUUAUCAUGCAUGACUGGCAUUUGAGUAGAAGAGGAGGUGCACUUCAAGCAGUUAGAGAGAAAUACAAGCAACAUAAGUUCAAAUGUGUGGCAACAAUGCCGGCAUGUCCAGAGAUUCCAGAUUCUUAUUUUGAAGAUGUUGAAGCUGUGAAAGUUGAUAUAUGUGAUCUCUGAUGUGUAAUUUCUAUAAGUCAACUUCUGGGAGAAGGCCUGAAUGUGGGUGAAAUGAAUAUUUGAGCAUCAAAAGA